AUGGCUCAUGUCCUUUCCUCCAAGACACAGGCUCCCGAUCUCGACCCGCCUCAAGCCUUUAUGGCGAGAGGAACACGAUCCUCCGAAGUUGAGUGGACAUGUCGAUCCGGACAUCGUACUGCAAUACCAUCAUGUGAAGAAUUCCGUGCGACCUUGGAGGUCUUGCUGAUCAGAGAGCGCUGUGCCGAACACGUUCACUUCAGGUGGAUACCAACCACCCUGAUGAUCGCCGACCCUCUGACGAAGGUGAUGGACAGUAGUUCGUUGAGAACAACCCUUCAGACUGGAUCCUCGAGAAUCUUCGACGAAGCAGCGGUGCUUCGAUACAAUGCCCAUCGCAAGCAAGCCUUGAAGUGGUUGCGACCGACCUGCCACCCAUUAAUUUCGUGUUCUUUAGAUUUUGGGGAGUGUGAAACAUGUCAUGAGUCAAAAAGUGAGCGGCAGUCGGUAGUGAUGAUGGCUUUGUUCUCCUGUUUAAAUCCUUGUGGGGGAUUUACCCCAAUUGAGCUCAUCGAUUGUGAGACAACCCCAAAGUAA